AUGGCGGAAAAGUCAGACGAUGACUUGGGAAACGAGGAUGUUUCUUCGACAAAUAGUGGACGAAUAACAUUUAAUCAAGUUAAAUUCGUCGGUAUUGAGUAUCCAGGAUACAUCAAAGAUGAAAACCAGAUGCUCGAAACACUAGGAGGAGAAGAAACUGUGGCAAAAACUUACUCCAGCUCGGGGAGGAGAUUAGAACUGUCUUUUCGUCCGGACGAUCCAUACUGCCAUGCGGUAUGCGGUGAUCGAUACUCUACUCCAAACCUUUUGCUCAGAGUAAAACAACGAAAAAAGAAGAGUAGAGAUGGGAGUAACCAGUCGACGGUAGUAAAAUAUGAGCAGGAGAUACUCGGGAUAGUGGCGAACACAUUCAAGUAAGAUAUUGUAGCUGGUGCAAUGUUCAAGCUUUACUACCUGGGCUGAAUUGCUCAAAGCAUGGUUAGCUUUAACCAUUGGUUAAGCAGUAUCAAAACCAAUAGGUUGUCAAGGUAUUAAACGCUGGUUAACGCUAACCAUGCUUCGAGCAACUGGGCCCUGGUCUUUAAUAUUAGGUUAUUUUAUGAUGCAUUACCAAUACAGUGAAAUAGCGGUUUUGCUGAAGAGCUUUGUCAAAUCUAAGGUGCAUUUCAGACGCAGUGAUGCAGUAUGCGGUGAUCAAAUGAAAUUUGACUUUAGCACUGCAGCAGCAUAGAAUGGUAGAGAAAAUCGGAAAACCGAUUUGCAUGACAGUUCUCUGCUUGCACUUACAUUAGUAGUCAUACUACUGCCGUGUAUUAUAGUGAUGGCUCUUCUCCUCAGGUCACAGCUCAUGUUUCACAAGUAACAGGUCCAGGGCUCUCAACCCCCCAUGUCUUCAAAUAUUGAGAAUUGAUAGGGAACUAAGGGAAAUGAUAAUAGAUGACAUCAUACGGCAUGGCACAUGACGUGAUUUGAGCAAAAAAUAUUCGUUGACUCCAAUCACCACAAAGUUGUGAUGGCACAAAACACAUGAAAAAGAUGUUAUUUGCAUAGUAACAUUUGACCUGAUUGGUUAGCUUCCCACCAAUCACAUUAUUAUUAAGUUACAAUGGCGUACCUGAGUUUUUGAGGAUGUUAACAUUACAAUAGCUCAAACAAUGCAACAGAUGACAUUUUUAAUAUUGUUGGAACGUCGAGUCUACUGAAAUGAAGAAAUGGCAAACUUCAGCAAUUAUCUGGGAGAUUUUAUACUCUAACCUGGAGACCGGGAGAUACAGUCCAAGAUUUGGAGUCUCCCAGAUUAUGACAGCACUGCAGGUCACAGGUGCUCGCAGAGUCUGUUGAACUUCAAAUAUUGUGUGUAGUUAGGUAUCGUCUUGUGUCAAUUCUUGUAGGGUUAAAAUAAGGAAAGCCCUGAAGGCUGUGUUGAAUAUAGACAAUAGAAACCAUUUUAAUUAGGUCUCUGUAUUUUCAGGUUUGAAGUAUUGGCAGAUUUUCAGUAUCUUGUUCCUGACAUGCCUGAGUUUUUAAAGGAAGUUAAAGAUGCCUAUGCUUUGGAUCAAGAUAUUCCCCUUCAUCUUCCUCCUCCAGUGUUUGCACGAUUUGACAAACCACAAAAUUAUAAUUACCAAUCUGUUCCACACAGCAAUAAACAAGAAAAUAACGCAGAUGAGGAAAGGUGCGGGCAAUCUCUGCAUGAGAUUAUUAUUUUUUAUAGUCACUGUAAAACUCAAAGGGUUUUGUCUAUCAUUUCUCUCUGAUUUUCAUUUAGGUUUUGGUUGCAAUGUUUUAACUGCGCACUUCAGGUCUUCAUCAGGCAAUAGUGUCAAUUUGGCUAUUAAUAUCUUAGUAAGGAUCAUGAAACAAAUGAUCAACAAAACUAUUUUUACUCAUCAACCACAAUGAAAAAUAUCUUUCAUGAUGGUGACCAGAAAUAUUUAUGGUAUGUCAGUGUCUCCCCCUGGAGGAAAAAGCCAAUCAUACAUAACUUAACAGUAAACUCCAACUGUAAUUAGUUUAUGGUCUUUUGGUCUGCUCAUAUGUUCUGAUCUUCGUUGUGAUUGGUCAUCUCUUCAACAGGUGUUCACAAAUUUCUGAGUUUGACUCACUAUAAUAUUUCUCUGUUAAGAUUUUUCAGUAACCCAUGUUUAGUUAAGCUAAACAUGAACCCAUGUUUAGUUAAGCUAAACAUGAAAUAGUAUUAUUAUAUUUAGACUAUUAAAAUCACAGGGUGAGUUACAAAUUAGAAAAUCAGCUUCCCUGAUUAGGGUGAAAAGUCCCUUUAGUUAACCAGCCCCAAGAAAUGAAAAGCUAAGCAUGACAUUUGACAAAUACAUUUAAACCCUUCUCAACAGACAUCUUAUUAAGAUAAGCAUCUUCCUUAAAAUUGCUGCAGAUAGGUUUUUUGUUAACUCAUUCCUUUGACUUUCAAUAGAAACUCUUUAGAACUUUAGAGUUUGUGUGAUAGAGAAUGUGAUGAGCUAGUUUUAAAAAUAUUUUUCAUUUGUUUAUUAUUGUUCUUUUAACUCAGAUCUACUAGAAAACUUUGCAUACAUGUAUGCUUUUCUUUCUCUAUCCUUUAUUCACUUUCUUGCUUGCUUCCUUUCCUAAAUUUAUUUUGAAGAGCAGAGAUAUCAUAAAAAUUGCCAAGAAAUUCCUGCAAUUUGUUCUUCAGUGAUAGUACUAACAUUUGUAUGUGUAACCGUUUUCAGUUCAACUGGAACAAGCACUAGAAUGAGACGACCAGCUAAUGCCAUGGCUGUCAACUUUAGUAUGGCUGAGGUCCCUUCAUCACCAAAUCCCAAAGCUGUGGAAAUAGCAACUAAAACAAAAGAUGUUCAUUUGGAGACAAUAAAAAAACUGUUUACCACAAGACCUAUCUGGUCAAAAACUGCACUACUAUGUCACAUGAAUGGUGUAUCAAAUGAAAGGCUUAAAAAUUUACUGGCAUAUGUUGCAUUUUACUGGAUCAAUGGACCAUGGAGAACAUUAUGGAACAGGUUGGGCUAUGAUCCUCGAAAAGAUCCUAGUGCAAAAAUGUAAGUUGUAAAUUUUUUUACUUGGUGGCUGCUUCACUGGUGAUGUAAGGAGGUGAGGUGCCCGGAAGAGUGUAGCUUGUGAACAAGCUCUCCGGGGUGCUCUGUUGACAGGGCAGGAAAAGAAAGGAGAGCUUGCAACUGCGUCUCUGGAUUUUGAAUAUCUGCAUUGAAAAAGUUGAUGCAAAAUGCUGAUUGGCGGAGAUGACAGCAAUGACGUCAUUACUCUUGGUACGUGUUUUUUAAUAUUUGUUUACAUUCCUGUGCUGAUUGGCGGAUAUCUAACAGCACAGUCGACGGGGAACCAAAGGGGAAUUGGAGGUGAUGUUCAAAUUCCAGAGACAUAGUUGCAAGCCUCUCUCCUCCGCAGAGGUUCCCCCUGGGUAUUCCUAAAAAAAAUAGCAAUAAUCGAAAAAAUAGAAAGCGUGCAGGGGACGAUGGGAAGAGGGAAAAGGUGCCCAGCGUACUCUCUUUUUCUUUCUCCCCAGCCUCCCCACAACACAAUAGGCGUCUGUGGAGGAGAGAGGUUUUAAGCUCUCCUUCCUUUUCCCGCUCCACUGCCAGAGUUCUCCAGAGAGCUUGCUCGCAGGCUAGGGGGAGCGGGGGGACUCCAUAUAAUGACCUGUAGGUCAAAUCUCUGCUUGAAAGCGGUCAGGCUUCAUGUAAAUCAAAGGUAGGGAAUUCAGGAGUUGACAGAUAUGAAAGGGUAGAAAAUAUAUCAUUUGAGUGUUUAAAAGGGUCUUUUAUGAAAAAUUUCGAAAAGAUGCACCUUAUGGUUAUAUCAUUUUAAUUUAUUAAACGUUAUCUUACGCUACACAAAUUUUAUUAAAAAUAGCACAAAAAUGACAAGAAGACUGCCUGUUUCAGUGGUUUAUUCUAAUUAACAGGGGUACCAUUUUUCAAUAGACUGUGUAUAAAAGGGAUUCCUUUUUCCCUUAAUAAUGGUAUAAUAAAGGGUUAGGCGCAACUAGCAGUUAAGAGCCUGGAACAGGCUAAUUCGUAUUAAUUUAUGCUUGUGUCUUAAGAACUGUUUCAACAUUCAACAGAUAUCAGAUGUUAGAUUACCGUAUUGGAAGCAGAAAAGAGACUAGAGACCUUCCAAUAAAAGCCAAGAGAGAUUCAAGUGUUUACAUUCUACCAAACUUAAUAAAGAAAGGAGGCACUUCUAAAACAUUAGUAAAAGAAGUUGUGAGGAUCAGCAGUGAUGAUAAAGCAAGUGAAGAACAAACUCAAGAGCAAGAAUAUCCAUAUGUGUUCACCCCCGAUAAAAUGCCCAAACAAAAACAGUUGUUUUAUCAACUGUGCGAUCUACAUGAUCCAGAGAUUCAGGGACUUAUCAGCAAAAAUGACGGACAGGUCAGUAUUUUAUCUUUAAGUUUUAUUUUUUACACAGUCGAACUUUUCUAAAGGCGUAAAUUAUACCUUAUUGUAGGAAAUCAACGCCUCAUGAAAUGAACGCGAAUUUUUUAUAUUCGCGUUAAUUCAACUGUUAAAUUAAGUCGUAUCAAUUUUUGUAAACGUUAAUUUCUGCGCUGUUAACUAAGUGGAGCGUUAAUUUCCGCAACCCUAAUAUCUAUCAUUUGGACCCCAAAUUCUAGAUACACUUCUGGCACUCUUGAUACUUAAGAAAGAGGAGCAUUUUAUCAGGGUGGAGAUCCGCGUGUAACAGUGAAACUGUGAAGAACCCUCGAAGUGGCCAGAUUUCUUCGCUUGACCCCCUUCGAACGUGAAGAGAAAGAAGCACGAACAAGUUUCCAUUUCGGUUAUACUUUCCUGUUGUCUCAACAAGUUUUGUUUCUUUGUAAACGUCGCGUUAAUUUCCUUCAUCAUGAAAUGUUACCCUCUCUUUUGCGUUAAUUACCUUUAUUCGACAGUCGGUUUGUCGCGUUUAGAGAGCUUUAGAUUCUAAGACGAGUACGACUACGAGUAUGAGAUUUUCUCUAUAGUAAGUAGUGCUCGUGCGUGAACCAGCGUCAUUUUGGAGGGAAAACAUGAUAGCCGUCGUCACUCUACUAGGAAUUUUAGCGAGAAUGUCGAAGUGGCGGAAACAAGUUAUCAAAUUUUUGAAGUUUGAUCAAAUCUCGUUCUCCUAGGCGUCCUCGUCCUCCAAUCUAAAGGCCUCUAAUUUCCAAUACCUAAUUUCAUGGAGCGUGAAUUUCCUCUAUAAAGGUAGGGAGAAUAGCGUGUCUGUAAAGGGGUGUCUACGUAGCACUAAGCAAUUAGGGUCAGUUGUUAAAACAGAGUUUACCAGGUAGUGUAAACAAAGCAACGUUCUAAAGUGUUUUAAAUUUGGCCAAUCUUGGCAUCUAAACAUUAUUUAUUAUCAAAAGUAGGUUGAGUUUGAUCGUCCUGGUGAACGUAGCCCUGAAUAGGACUGUUGUUGUUGACAGUGACUGACGUUUCGACAACCUGUGCGGUAGUCAUCUUCAGAGUCAAAGUGAGUUGUAUGACGUCAGUUGAUGGUAUUAUACUCUGGUUAUUGAUUUGAUUGGUCAAUUACGUCGUGAUGUUAUUGGUCGUCUGUCAGUUAAACCGUGAUGUUAUUGGCUAUGGAGACUCGUAAUCAGUAAUUGGUGCGUUUCGAUCCGUCUAUUGUCACAGUUAAACAGUCGUCUAUUGUUAGUCAAAUUGUCAUUCUCUCGUAGUUAGUUUUGCUUGAUCUCGUCAAUAAGUCGUUUGUACGGCGCUGGUAACUGUUGGCUACGAUUCAGUGGCGUUUGUUCUAAGUUAGUAAACCAGCUUUCUAAAGUAAGACGUUGAUAGCAGUCUGUAGAAUACGUUAUACAUGUCGCAGAGUCCCAGUCAAUUUGAUGUUUCGUCUUUAAAUGGUGCUCAGCAAUGUGAUUGUUGACGUCAGCAUUCUUCGUAGCUCGUUUGUGUUUGGUCAGUCGCGUGCUUAGGUUUCUGCCGGUUUCACCAAUGUAAGAAGCCUGGCAGUCGCAGCAUUUGAUCUUGUAUACUGCUCCCUGUCUGUCCUCCGGUUUGUCUUUGUCCUUGACAUUAGUAAGCAGUCGCCGUAAAGUGGUUAUCGGUUUGUGUGCAACACGUAUAUUUUAAGGUUGUAAUAUACGUGCAAUAGUUUCAGAGGUGCCUCUGAUGUACGGUAUAGUCGCUGUCGUAACAGGGCCAGAGUUUUAUUUAUUAUGAUCAUCAUCAAGAAGGCUUUCAGUUAGAAAAAAAAAACUUGGUGAUCAGCCAAGCUGAAUGUUUAGUUACUGUCUUAAAACGUAAGUUAGACUUUGUUUAAAUACCAAACUUUUGGAUUUUGGGCCCUACGGUAACGCUUAAAGAAGUACCGAUUCUACUUGGAACUUCAGCUGGAAGCAUUUGUAUCUGGAAAUCCCUCAAGACUUGGUCGAUGGUAUCCAAGGCAACCAUUAACCAAUCAUAAGUAACGCUUGUCCACCCAAACGAUGCCAGAGAUCAUUGUGGCAAAAGCGUGUGUUCCCCUUAUAGUUUUCUGGAGUGGGGAAUUAAAGUAAGACAACCUUCUGAUACCAUUGCAUUUUGGUUUUACUUUAAUGUGUUAGGAAGACGAGCUCCUUGAUCGUGAUGGAUGGUGUUUACCAGGAACAGCUAAUGAGAUUCGAGAGAUUCUUCAUCGACGGACCGCUGAUUUGGCCGAGAGGUUCAAACAACAACAGUCAGGGGUGGGGGAGGAGGUGGAACAGACUACAUCUCAAUUACAGCUCACAGGGGAGGAGUGGACUGGUCACGAGGGAGUCAAAAACUUCUUGGAAUUACUGGAAAAGGACGAUGACAUUGAAGCGUACGAUAUUUUUGACGACGUAACAGAAGGCGACGAGUAAUCGUAAGGUGUAUUUGCUUCAGAGAAUUGUACGCUAAUGGUGUUGUUAAUCUUUCUUCGCCUAUUUUGAAACGAGUUCACACGAUUAUUUUCUAACGAAAGAGAGGUGAACAUCCUUGAACAGCGUAUGACUUGCUUAGCAGAUUCCAAAACAGGUUUGGGGGCUGGGGGGGGAUCUCAUAUUUAAGAGAAGGG